UAACUUGGCUCUGCUAGCUAGGGCUGCCCACUCACUGAUCCUUUCUAAUAGCCUGUGAUCCCCAAAGGCAGAUCCAGGAGCAGAGCUGGAGUGACUGCACAAUCGCAGAUGGGGAGGAAAAGGUGGCAGGCGUGUGGGAUGGUUUCUGCCAGACAGUCCCCAAGGCAAGUGGUGUGGCAUGCAAUUCAAGACACCUCAGCCUGAGCCCGCCAGGUGUCUGGCUAGGGAUGGAGCAGUCUGUCCCUGCAGAGAAAAUGGUCUAGUAUUCCAGCCAGACCUGGAGCCUGCUAACUCCUCUUCUGGGGGUCAUUUCACCUUCGCAUCCUGUUCUUCCUUCCCUCAUCUUCCUGAUGGCGUGGGGAAGGGUCAUCAACUCUCUGCUACCCUCUGCCUUCCUAAUGGGCUGGGAGAGCCUAGGGGCUGUUUUCCAGCUACCUGCUGCUUUCCCGUGGCAUGAUCAGUGUACAGGUACAGGGACAGGACAAGGUGGGUCUGACUCCCAGCCUGGUUACAGCACUGGGGUUACAGGGCUGCAAACCAUUCUCAGCAGUUGCAUCUUGUUGCCUUUUCUAGAAAUGGCUGUGCCCCAGUGACGGGGGAAGACCCUUGUGUAAAUGGAGCUUUGCAUUUAUUUGCUAGUUGCUUGGGAAUUAUUGCAGUUUAGGAGAAAACAUAGAAAAGGAACCCUAUAACUGAUGAUUAAAGCAAUGUCUGAGAUUUGGAGUAGCAGAGGUUUGGAUGAAAACGCCAGUGCAGGGAAUUACGAUUCAUGCACAGGGUCUGUCUCAGGGAGUGGACCCUGCGAGCUCAUUGGCACUAGACACUGCUGCUUCUCUAUCAAGUUUGAUAUGUGAGAUGGGUGUGUUCCAUGUGGCUCUGAAAUCCUCCUCUAAUAAAUACAUUUCCUCCCCAGUCUUCAAGCUGUUGGGUGUUCCUUGCUUUUGGGAGGUGCUUUAAAUCUGACUGCCAGAGCUGUGGGCUGCUAAGAGCAGAAGCUGGCUGCAUGAUGUUGAGCACAGGUCUUCCUCCUGUUUUCCUGUUGCUCACUGCACUGGAGCUAAGCUGGUCUCUGACUGAUGAAGAAAAGAGGAUAAUCUUGGAUGGGCAUAAUAAAUACCGCUCCCAGGUCUCUCCUCCUGCUAUGGAUAUGCUGAAGAUGAGUUGGGACACAGAGCUGGAGGCCUUUGCCCAAGCCUAUGCGGAGAAAUGCAUCUGGGACCACAACAAGGAGAGGGGCCGACGGGGAGAAAACCUCUUUGCUAUGGCUCCGACACUGGAUCUGGAAUUUGCUGUGGAGGACUGGAACGGGGAAGAGAAAUACUAUAACCUGACGACUUCCGUGUGUGUCCCUGGGCAGAUGUGUGGUCACUACACCCAGGUGGUUUGGGCAAACACACAUCGUAUUGGCUGUGGGGCAAAGUUUUGUGAGAAGAUUGAUGGAAUCGAAACAGAGGACAUGUACCUGCUUGUUUGCAACUACUAUCCUCCGGGUAAUGUGAAAGGCCGAAAGCCAUACAAAGAAGGACCCUCUUGCUCACAGUGUCCUGAGGGUAGAGUGUGUGUCAAGUCCUUGUGUGAAUCCACUGUAGAAGAGACCACUCCAACCUCUGUGACAACAUCCACCACAACCACACCAGAACCUACCACAACAUCACCCACCAUGGCCACAGCGAAGCCAGAACUCACAACCAUACCCCCAACCCAGACACAAGUACCCACCACAUCCAUGGCAAAGCCAAAACCUACUGUGCCAGAACCCACCAUAGCUACAGGCAAGCCAAAGCCCAUCACACUAACAACUGCCAUGCCAAAACCUAACACAACCACUACGGCCAAACCAGCACCCACCACACCAAAAUCCCCCACCACUACCGUUAUGCCAUCACCCACCAUGCCACAACCCACCACAACCACCACUACAGCCAAGUCAGCACCCACCACACUAAAACCCACCACAAACACCACUACGGCUAAGCCAGCACCCACCACCACGCCACAACCCAUCAGAAGCACCACUAUGGCUAAGCCAGCACCCACCACAACUACCACCAUGGCCAAGGCAGCACCCACAAAAUCUAAACCCACAAUGACUCCAGCCCAGACAGUACCCACCACGCCAAGGCCCACCACCAAGGCUAAGCCAUUACCCACCAUGCCAAAACCCACCACAAACACCACUACAGCUAAGCCAGCACCCACCACCACACCACAAUCCACCACAACCACCACUAUGGCUAAGCCAGCACCCACCAUGCUACAACCCACCACAACUGCCACUAUGGCCAAGGCAGCACCCACCACGUCAAAACCCGCAAUAACUACAGCCAAGACAGUGCCCACCACACCAAGGCCCACCACCACUAUGGCUAAGCCAGCACCCACCACGCCAAAGCCCACCACAAACACCACUACAGUUAAGCCAUCACCAACUAUGUCACAACCCACCACAACUACCACAAAGACCAUGACAGCACCCACCAUGUCAAAAACAACAACCACUACAGCCAAGUCAGCACCCACCAUGCCAAAACCCACUACAACAUCUACAGCUAAGCCAGCACCCACCAUGCCAAAACCCACCACAACCACCACUGUGGCUAAGCCAUCACCAACCAUGCCACAACCCACCACAACUACCACUAUGGCCAAGCCAGCAUCCACCCCAACUAUGGCCAAGACAAAACCUUCUACAGCCAAACCAGCAACCAUCUCACCAACAUUUACCACCAUUUUAUCCAAGCCAUCACACACUUACACAACUUCAACAAAGCAAAAUCUCACCACCUCAACAGCAAAGAUGCUAACAAAAACUGAAACAGAAAGACCCAACCCAACUGAGGCAACUGGGCUCACACUUUCCUUUGAGCCCACAUUAGAUGGGGAUUAUAAAAUAUUUCCAGAUGUAGAGUUAGACACUGGAGAGCCCAUUGGCUUAAGUACAGAGGAUCCUACCUUAUUAGGAAGUAUUGGCACAGCCUUCAGCCCCAAAUCAGUCCCAGAGACAAAUAAAGGUGUGAAAGGGGAUGGAGGAGAUAAAUUAUCCUUCUUUUCCAGUCCACCUCCAUCCUUCAGCAAAAUUAUUCCAGAGAUCAAGUUAGAUUUCAAUAAAACUGAGCAUAUAACCUCCUCAAAGUCAGUGGUCUUCAGUCCUGAAGAACCCACCUUCUUGCGUUUGACAUCAUCUUCCAAAGAAAAGGGUCAGAGCCCUGCUUUCCAGUCCUCCCUCUCAGCAGAUACUCUAGCCAUUGAAGAAUGGGAGACAAACUCAGACCAGAAAAGCAUGGAUCAGCCCACAGCUGGAGCCCCCAGUACCUGCUGGGGCCUUUCACUCUUCCUACCCAGUGUCAUCCUGAUGGGCCUUUUGCUUUGAACAGUCUUUCUCAGCUGUCCCUGCACCAGUCACCAAGCCUUUCUUCAGCACUGGUUGUCCCACAACCCUGGUAGACUUGGGAGACACUGUGGACAGUUCAGGUUGACACGCUCACUUACACUGACUGGCUAACGCACUCCAGCUCUGAUGUGCCAAGGGCAACUGUCCAUCCCAUGGGUACUCAGUCCCCUUCUGAGGAGGCCCAAGGGCAGGAGGGUGUCUGCCAUAACACUGGUGAACCUGGACACCAGUGCUUUGCCUUUCUUCCCAGACAUCCUGGGCUUCUGGUUUGUUUCCAAACAGGAAAUGGUAAGGUCUCUCAUCCCCCUGUGCAGCUGGCAGGUCCUGCUGCACCGUGUCUCCAGGGAAAGCAGAUGCCUUGGAAACCAGAAUGGCAAUGAGACAUGGUUGUUGGCUUUGGUGUUUGUCUGUAGACAAUGCAUGGUAGAUGGGUUUGAUGUCUGCCUACCAGAAAGAGUUUCUAACAAAAAUGCUCUUUUUUCCUCUUGAUGUGCCUGUUUGUCUCAAAUUUGGACGUAUCACCUCUUCCUUCCUUUUCCAAAAGUGUGGCUUUUUUUUUUUUUCUUUUCUACAGAAGAGGAUUUAUAUUUCCUUCCUGCUUCUGGUAUAGCUAUGGCCAGUACCCUAUGUACUCCUUUCUCCUUCUCACAUCUGCAACCUUUGCUUGCUUCCUCAUUUCAUGUACCCAUUCCACAGUUACUCCAUUGGCAUGGCUUUAUUUUACCCACGUGCCUGCACAGAAGAAAAUCCUUCAGCUCUAGAGAGGAGUUACUGGCUUAUUCAUACAGCUUUUUUCUGCAUGGCUUCCUUCUUUGCAUAACUUAAGAGUACGAUGUAUUUGAAAUUAGAUACAGAUAACAUGUAUUUUGUGGAUGGUGGAACCUGGUCCAGAAGAAAACAAAAUAAUGAGGUGUGCUGGUACAAUUUCAGCUUGAGAGAGCCAAUUGAAUGAUGUUAGAGGUUACCAAUGGUUCCAGGCCUUGUUGCAGGAUGGUAUUCAUUCUCUGGAGCACUGUGUGUUUUAUCUCUCCAUGUGUGUUUUAUCCCUCCAUGUUUCUGCUCUGUUCACCUGAAGAUUCCCAGUAAGGUGGGUUAAAUAAGUGACAAGUUUUACAGAUGAGCAGAAGGGACUAGAAGAUCCAGUCCCUUCUUUGGUUUCUUAAUAGAUGAGUGAGAUGGAGAAAGACCUUAAGUCCAGUAUUUGUCUAUCCCCCCCAGAAUGCUGUGUCCUGUGCAGCCGCAGAGCAUGCACUCAAUAAAUCUUGUUC